CUCUCUCCCUCUCUCUCUCCAGCAGGCAGUAAGAGCUGCAGGCGCUGCUAGGAAGGGGAGUGUGCUCGGUGCUGGACAGCAGCCUCCCCUCUCCAUGCCUAUUUUAGUCCCAUCUCCCCGGCCACUGAUCAGCUUCUCCUCUACUCCCGGCUCUCACUGACAAAACUUUUCCCGGGACCCCCUGGGGGAGCCAGCCCUGCUCUGCCUGCACCACCCAGUGUACCCUCUCCAAUUCACAAAUCAUGGAUGGAUGUUUAUCAUUAUUAAUGCAACAGAGUUUUUGCCUGAACUGCGCUGACCUCAACCGUGUACAACUUUGCUCAAGUACAGAAGGCGAUGUUCACUGUUUGGGUUUCAUUUUUGGAUCCAAUUAAGACAGUAGAUCAGAGACACCAUGCAGAGCUGUCCGGACCUAUUUAUUGCCAUUGACUAUAGUAUUAAGUAUCACAAUAUUAAAAAGCACCAAAAAGUUCUAAACGCACCAUACAAGUUUGACAUCAAAAGCAAAAUAAGAAUGCUGUCCUGAUGUAGAUGACAACCAAUAAACCAAGCAGUCAUGGGGGAAAAUGUGAGUUUUUGGGAGAGCCUAGUGGUUGGACACCCAGUAUGUGUUGAGUGGAAUCAAAUGACUGAAGGAUCCUUUUACCAUUUAUCCAGCAUUCUUUUUGUACUGGGUUCCAUGGCAGGCAGUGGGGUCUUUGGACUUCUGUAUGGAUAUAUUUUCUUUGCACUAAGCUUUUUCUGUACGUGCAUAUGGGCAUGGCUGGAUGUCUGUGCUGCCGAUGUGUUUUCCUGGAGCUUUAUCCUUCUGGUGAUCUGCAUCAUUCAGAUUAUUUACCUGGCCUAUCAACUAAGGAGUGUCUCGUUUGACAAAGAAUUACAAGAUUUAUACAGUACCGUCUUCCAACCCCUUGGGAUCUCGUUAUCUGUAUUUCGAAAAAUCAUCUCGUAUUGUAAUGCAGAGGUGGUCACAUUGGAAAGGGAACAUUGUUACGCAGUCCAAGGGAAAACUCCAAUCGACAAACUCUCAUUACUUAUUUCAGGAAGGAUACGAGUGACAGUAGAUGGAGAGUUUCUUCAUUAUAUUUUCCCUCGUAAGUUUUUGGAUUCUCCAGAGUGGGACUCCCUUAGACCUUCAGAAGAAGGGACUUUUCAGGUAACACUUACGGCAGAAACAAAGUGCCGAUACGUUACAUGGAGGAGAAAAAAACUGUAUUUAUUAUUUGCCAAAAACCGUUACAUCUGCAGACUAUUUUCAGUGUUGAUAAGAGGUGACAUUGCUGAUAAACUCUAUGAAUUGAACGAAAAAGUUUCCCUCGACAGUGGUUUUAGAUUCGAUAUCAGACUACCUAACUAUUAUCACAUGGCAUUGCCAGAAGAAGCACAUUCAACAACUCCCUCCAUCCAUGUCCAGGAUGUCUUUGUGAAGAAAAGCACACCCAACAGACUAUGACAUUUCAUUCUAAAGCUGUACCAUUGUCGUGGUAUACAUUAGAAAACCUUCCACAAUAAGAGACGUUUGCCCGCAGCAGCUCAUGGUAAAUUUAAUAGUAGCUGGAGAGUGCCAUGUAUUAUCUUCAUGAUGGGUAGUAAUCAUUUGUGAUCACUCUUUUUAUAUGGGCAAGGCUAACAAUGCCUUGAUUAGUUGCUUCACGUGAUUGAUUAGGAGCUAUUUUUAUAAGUCCUUCCUGAAAAGACGUCUUUUCCACCAAUAAAGGGACAGAAGCUACAUAAAACGAUAGUAUCAUAUACUCCUUGCCAAUAUCUGUAAAAUAUUUGGAGCGCCAGUCCUAAAAGAACAAUCCAAGCACCAUGUCCACUACAGCUCACUGUACUGGUUACGGUGCCAGACAUGCCCUGCUGCUGUCCAAAAAUAAUUUGUCAAACUGUUUUAGAACAGUUAUCUGUUUGAUGCUUUCUGUCAACGACUGCGGUCCGGUACUGGACGUGCUUAGUUAAGUCAAUACAUCUGGCAGUAGAAAGUGGAUGUGGCAUGGGUGCCUGGGGGAUCCAUACAAUUAAAAAAUGGUUUGGCAAUCAACUCUGGGAGGGUGCCAAUGGGCUGUAAUGGGAAUGGUGCUUGGAGUGUUCCUUUAAACUUUGCCAUAAAUCUUUUUACCUAACAACACGUCUGGAGAGACACGACUAUUUGCUAUUUAUUGCAUGAAAAGUUAUAUGCAUAUUGAAAGUAGCAGGAGACAAUUGUAAUCUCAGAGUAAAUCUGCAACCGUUACGAAAAAACUAAAUUGCCAUAAUAUGGCAUUCUCUGUACUAAAACAAGCAUAGUGCUUAUUUUUUAAAGCACUUCAUGUAACCCAAACUCCUAAAAUAAGGAUGAAACCACAAUUCUGGAUUCCUGUCUACGGAUAACAAUUCAAUUCCAGUUAUUUUACAGAAAUAUAUUUUUUCAGAUUUGGUAUAAUGGAACGGAAAUAUAAAAUCUUCGUAAUUAUAUGGUAUCCUCAUUUUGCACUUCCUCUGAAAGAAAAUAAAAACUACAUAAGUUAUUAUAGUGUGACAUACAAAAUGACACAUAUGCCCUGCUUAAAGGGACACAGCUUAAUCUAGUGCUUCUGGUGUCUAUAGCUAGUCCCUGCAGGCUCAGCAAUGUAAACUCUGCUUUUUCAGAGAGAAGGCAGUGUUUAUAUUGCUGCCUAGUAACAACUCUAGUGGCAGUCACUCAGAUGGCCACUACAGGUGCUUCCUAUCUCAGUGCUGCACAGGGUGCAGCACCUAUGUUGAGCGUCUCCAUGUUUCCCAUAGAGAUGCAUUCAUUCAAUGUACCUGUGUGAGGAGAUGCUGAUUGGCACAGCGUAGCAUUUUGCUGUGCAUGUGCAAUAGCCUCCCAGUGCUUUCCUAUGAGAAAGCACUGGAUUGGUUGUGAUCACCAAGGUUGAUGAUCUCAGCCAAUUAGGCUGGGCAAAACCGUUGUGGCGGGUAAAUUCACCUUUUU